AUCACAAAGACCGUGGCGCUGCUUCAAAGCCUCUGUGACAUCCCCAAAACGACGAGCACAUGAAGCCCCGCAGCACAAACACGCCGAUGGCCGCCCCGCGCCAAUAAAGCAGACGGCUACGUGCGCACACAACCCAGCAGUUGACAAGAGCGGAGCAGAUGAUCUGCAUAAGAGGAGGAGACCGCGGAACUUGUGGCUCAGGUCCUCUUCCAGAGACCUGGGAGCUCCAAGGUUCUGCACAGGAUCAUAGCUGUUCCCAAUACUGGACUCUUCCAGACGGACACGUCAGAUGUCGUUUCUGGUGUCUGCAGGAGCCAUCCAUCUAGAUCGGGGGUUAGUUCCACAUCCCGACCAAGGGCGAUCGAUAACAUCCAGCCCCGCAGCCUCCAUCCAGAGGGAAUCCAACCGUGAAUGGACACAGCCAGAGGCCAUGGCGUCGCAGGAGGCUAGUCUCAACCCCGAAAUAGAAGCAGGCAACGGGCACGGCGGCAAUAAGACCUGUGCCGUCCACACCCCCGUCGCCGGAGACACCAAGCGGGGCUUUCGUAAAAACAGACAAAACGACUACGUGAAGAUUUCCAUGAAGGAGCUCGACGCCAACCGAUUGCCGUCAGAGUGGUGGAAGACCACGCUUCUGUUCUUCUACGCCGCCUUCAGUCUGGUCAUGACCACGGUGGUCAUCACAGUGGUCCACGAGAGGGUCCCGCCUAAAGAGAACAUCCCGCCGCUCCCUGACACUUUCUUUGAGUAUAUUGACCGGGUCAAGUGGGCCUUCACGGUGACGGAGGUCAAUGGCAUUGUCCUGGUGACCAUUUGGUUCAUACAGCUCUUCUUCCUCAACUACAAGUCCAUCGUAUGCAGACGCUACUUCUUCCUGGUGGGCACCUUGUACUUCUACCGCUGUAUCACCAUGUACAUCACCAUCCUGCCUGUCCCUGGCAUGCACAUGAGCUGCGCGCCCAAGCUGUACGGAGACUCUUACGCAAAGUUCCAGAGAAUUCUGCGGCUGAUUUCCGGCGCCGGCCUGUCUAUUACCAAGUCCCACAUCAUGUGCGGAGACUUCCUGUUCAGCGGCCACACCGUGAUGCUCACCCUCACCUACCUGUUCAUCAAGGAAUACUCUCCUCGGUCGUUCUGGUGGUACCAUCUGAUGUGCUGGCUGCUGAGUGCGGUGGGCGUGGUCUGCAUCCUGGUGGCGCACGAGCAUUACAGCGUGGACGUGGUGGUGGCCUAUUUUAUCACAACGCGUCUCUUCUGGUGGUACCACACCAUGGCCAACACACAGUGUCAGUGCUGCCCCAACAAGUACCUAACCAGCGCCUGGUGGAACCCCCUGUUCAACUUGAUGGAGAGGAACGUGCACACGCCCGUGCCGUGCGUGUACGGCUGGCCCGUCAGCUGGGCCCCCGCUUGCCUGAAGAACCCCUGUAAGAAAUACUCCAUAGUACAGAGCACACGGGACGAGUGACCGUUCGUUCCGGUGUUUGACGAGGUUUUUAAACGAACAAACGUGCCUGGAAAGGAUUCAUCGCGCUUUGUCUGUCAAGUCUGUCUAUUGCUGUAAUUUAUCUUUUUCUGUGUACAACUGAUACUCGUGCCAGCCAGCACCUUCUAGAACCAACUACACUACCAAAUUUGUUAUCGAAUGACCUCGUUAUCAGUGUCACAAGGUGCCUUAGUGGGUUCAGCGUCAUUAUGUGUACCAAAACUGCCUUGAAAAGUCACUCCAAACUAGUAUUAUUAAUCAUUUCAGAACCCCUCGGUAUGUGUGUUUCAUCCAUAAAUUGUAUUAAACUGGAUUA